GACUUUUUGGCGGGAGUUCAAAUAUAGCGCAUGAAAAGUUUUUUCAUUUGUGAUUUUUUUUGAAUCUAAUACUUUAUUUCAUUGUAAAUUGCAUGUAAAUAGUAAAGUGUACAUAAUAGAGUGUAUUAAACAUGGAUGUUGGCGAGGGCGGGGGCCCAAAACCCCCGGCCCCAAAAAAACAUAAACUUAAAGACUUGGACGAUGGCGGCGGGGGUAAGGAAAGUGAUUUUUUACCCUAUCUAAAACCCGGAUACAAAAGACUUUAUCCAGAAAACUCUUCAAAUUUGGAGUUCAAAGUUUACGUGCAGGGUGAAAAAAUUGGCAAUAAAAGUCCAACCUUUUUAAAUCAUAUAUUUGUAAAUGAGGUAAAAGGUGUAGUAGCGAUUCGUAGAAUCAAUGCUAACAAGAUUCCGGUGGUGUUCAAGCAGUAUAAUACUGCUAAUAAUUUUAUAAGUAACUCUUCAUUUCUGGAGAAGUACAACUUUAAGGCGUUCAUACCAGCGGCAGACAUAGAAAGAACAGGAAUUAUCCGAUACGUACCCACAAACAUAUCUAACAAGGAGCUUUACUCAAAGCUAGAGUCGGAGUACGAAAUAAUUGCAGUGCGACGAUUCACCAAGAAGGUUGGACAAGAACGGGUACCACUUCAUACAGUGAGCAUUACCUUUCUGUCCAGUUUUUUACCACAAAAUGUACAAUUUGACUUAUUCUCUUACCGCAUUUUUGACUAUAUCCCUCCUCUACAACAAUGUUACCGUUGCUUCAAAUUUAACCACUCAGCCAAAAUAUGUAAUGGCAAACAAAAAUGUAGCAUUUGUGCUGGGGACCACUCAUAUAGAGAGUGUGAUAACCCCUCAGCAAUCUGCUGUGCUAAUUGCGGUGGACCACAUUUAGCAAUUUCAAAGGCAUGCGAAAUUAAGUUAAAAAAGAUAAUGGAAAAAAAGGAACGUAUUACAUAUGCUAGUAAGGCUGAAACUAAACUUAAUGUGACUCAGGGAGAUUUCCCACCAUUGCGCAAACCAAGACCUCAGGUCAAUGUAAAUAAAAAUUCUGUUGUAAAUAAAAAUGUAAAUUCUGCACCUAUAAAUAAUGUACCUGUAAAUAUUACACCUGUAAAAUUACUGAACCUAAAAUAAUUUCUGUUGCUGACGUCAAGGCUCAACUCCUGGCAAAUAAUGACUUACUUAAGGCCAUUGUUCGCACACUCAUUAUAAUCGCCAAUAAGGGCAAGGAUGAUCCUCCAAUCAAUACAACAACUAUUAAAGAUAUUCUACUGGAGAAUCUUACAUAAUGGAUAUAGACUCCAAUAUACAAUCUCAGCUAUGCAUUGCUCAGUUUAAUAUACAAAGUGUAUACAGUAAAAAGCCCUUACUCGUAAAGUUUCUUAAUGAUAAAAAUAUUGAUAUUUGCCUUUUAAAUGAAACCUGGAUUAAAGAUAACAAACCUUUCCACAUUCCUGAAUAUAAUAUACAUUUCAAAAAUGCAGCUAAUGAACAUGGGGGAAUAGCUAUCCUCAUAAAACAUAAUUUAAAGUAUACAACUUUACAAACCACAUUUUAUGAAGAUGUACAAACUGUUGCAAUUUCUCUUUCUACAGAGUUAGGUGACUUGUCUAUUUUGACUGUGUAUUGUCCACCACACAGUGGCCAUAUUAGAAUAAACAAAUUGAGAAAUAUCAUAAAAGAUCUGCCCAAGCCAGUGUUCAUUUCAGGAGACUUUAAUGCUCAUCAUAUUGCUUUUGGCUGUGUAAGCACCAAGGGCAGAGGGCAGCAACUAUAUGAUAUAAUUGAUGAGUUGGAUCUAUGCUUGUUGAAUGAUGGCAGUUUCACAACAAAUAAUAGGCCUAAUUGUAACCCAUCAGCUAUUGAUAUCACUUUUACAAGUGCAGUUUUAGCACCACUGUGUGAUUGGACUGUACAUGAUGACAGUAUGGGUAGUUAUCAUUUCCCUACAAUUACAAAUCUUACUUUAGCUGUUAAUAAAUAUCAAACAAAUCCUCCAAUAGAGAAAUUUUUAUACAAAAAAGCAGAUUGGGUGAAGUACUGUGAAAUAUCUGAAACUUUAUUUAAUGAUAUCAAUGUGGAUACUGAGAACCCUUUGAAGUCAUAUAAUACCUUCUGUAAUAGACUUAGCUCUUUGAAGUUACUUUGCAUCCCAAAGUAUACCAAGACUAGUUCAUAUAGAAGUAGGCCACCAGCGCCAUGGUGGAAUGAGAAGUGCGAACAAAGCGUUAUUAAGUCUUAUCAAGCUUUAAAAUACUAUAGAAGUAAUCCUACAAUGGAUAACUACAUUAUAUAUAAGAAGUUAGACGCCUUGAAAAAGCGAACCAUAUCUGAAGAAAAGAAAAAUGGUUGGCGCAAUCUCUGUGAGUCUUUUAAUAGAAAUACUCCUAUCAGUAAGAUUUGGAACUAUAUUAAAAUGUUUAAGGGUAGGAAAACUCAUAAUAAAUCACUUUCUGAUGAAUUUGUUUUGCCAUUCUUAGAUAAACUAUCAGAUAAUGGAUCUGAUGGUAUAGUUGAUGUUGAUAUGUAUUUUAAUAUUAAUAAUGAUAAUAAUGAGACACAGUUUUUAAUUGAACCUUUUACAUGGCAUGAGUUUAAUAUGAGUCUUCAUUCCCGAAAAAAUUCUGCGCCUGGAUUGGACAACUUUCCUUAUAUUUUGAUAAAACAUUUACAUAUAUUGGUGCAAAAAUUGUUUCUGAAUAUUCUUAAUGCACUUUGGCUCCAUCAAGUAAUUCCACUGUCUUGGAAAACGCAAUGUGUGAUACCAGUGCUUAAACCAGAUAAACCAGUCAAUGAUGCUAACUCAUAUCGACCUAUUUCAUUAUCAUCCUGUCUUGGAAAAAUUUUUGAGAACAUGGUUAAGAUUCGUCUUGAUUGGUAUGUGGAAUCGAAGUGCAUUAUCCCAACUAUUCAAUUUGGCUUCAGAAGAGGCAGAAGUUGUGCAGACAGCUUUGUUUCUCUUAUCUCAGAUCUGAAAAGAGCAAGAAAUAAUAAUGCUAGUGCAGUAUGUACCUUUUUAGAUGUACAGGGGGCAUUUGAUAAUGUGCAACCUGGUAUUUUGAUUAAAAUACUGUCUGAUUUAGGUAUACCAGGACAAUUUUGUAAAUGGAUAUACUCUUUCUUAAAUGAAAGAAUACUAUAUGUAAAACACAAUAAUAUUUUACAUGGUCCUAGGCAAGUAUCAAAAGGAACAAUGCAAGGGGCAACUUUGUCCCCAUUGUUAUAUAAUAUAUAUACAUCUCAAAUUUGUAAAUAUGUAAAUAUGGAUAAUGUAAAUAUUUUGCAGUUUGCUGAUGACCUUGUUGUAUAUAGUGUACAUAAUGAUAUUGAUUUGGCAAUUGCUAAUAUUAAUAACACUCUUAGUCAAUUAUAUCACUACUACAACAAUAAACUUCGAUUAAAUAUCAAUCCCAACAAAAGUAAUGUAAUGUUUAUAACAAAAGAUUUACCUAGCUUGUCUGUGUUAUACAAUGAUAAAGCAAUUCCCACAGUAAGCAGUCAUAAAUUUUUAGGUGUGCAAAUUGAUAAUAAACUGACAUUCCAAGGUCAUAUCAAGUACAUUUUACAAAAUUCUUUGAAAGGCUUAAAUAUCAUGAGGUGUUUGGCAGGAGUCUCCUGGGGAGCUGACCCAGUUACUCUUGCUAUUUUGUACAAAGCCAUUGUAAGAAGCCAUUUUGAUUACAGUUGUCUAGCUUAUAUUGAUUGUAAUUAUGUACAUAGAUUAGAUAUAGCACAAAACAAAGGUCUGAGGAUAAUAUCUGGUGCCAUGUGCUCAACUCCCAUCCGUGCCAUGGAAGUUGAGACAGGGGUGAUGCCCCUUAGUAUUAGAAGAUAUCUACUUGCUCAAAGAUUUUCUGUAAAGCUAUUUGCAGCUAAUAAUAAUGAAGUUUUAAGAAGAAUUUUACCUCAGUAUCCAGUAGUUCAUAAUGUGUCUGGUGUGACUGGGGCUGGCCUUCACUGUCAUAUUAUCCCAGAUUUAUCUCAGGUUAUCCUGGAAGCACAUUUUAAAUUUUCAAAUGUAAUUAAAAGUUCUCAUUGGGCAUGUUACUCCACAAAGUACAAGAUAUUGUUAUU